AUGGGUGUUUUUGGAACUAGUGAGAACGAAGAGGCGGCAUUGAGAGCUGCUGCUACCGGUUCGAAUAACGAUGAAGCCAAGAGAGCUUCUAGAACUUCCAUAUCACAAUCAGUGUCGGGUCUGUCCCACUAUGAGACCGCAUCAGAAUUUUCGAGUCAGGAUUUUGACGAUAAUGAGUCUGUUCCUCAACAGACGGUGCACUCUCAAGAAAGUGUUCAAGGUGAUGACUCCACCAUCCAGAACUUCGACACUGAGGUGAUCGAAUUGCAUCAGCCUUCCACUGCUCAGGAUGUGGACAAUGACUACGUUGUGCCAGAGCCUGAGGUGGAAGACUUUGACCCAACAAACAUGUCCGAGAACGAAUUGAACAGAAUCAUGACCACUCAGACCCACCAGAGUGAAGUGUUGCGUAGAUCCAUGACCAAGUCGCUUACUCAUGGUGAAUACAUCGACCCUAAUGACUUGGAGUGGGAUGGUCCUGAUGACAAGGAAAACCCUCACAACUGGUCUAGAACUAAAAAGUGGUUCAUCACCGCUGUCACCGCAUACACAUGUCUCUGUAUCUCGUUGGGUUCAUCCUUGUACGUGGAGGGUGUCCCUGAGAUUGUGGUAAAGAUGAAGGUUUCCCAAACGCUCGCGUUGAGUGGUUUGUCCUUCUACUUGCUCGGUUUGGCUCUUGGCCCCGUCUUCGCUGCCCCUCUUUCUGAGUUGAUUGGUAGAAGAAACAUUUACCUCACCACUUUCCCUGCUUCCUUGCUUUUAACCAUGGGUGUUGGAUUGUCUCAAAACAUUCAGUCUAUUCUUAUUUUAAGAUUCUUGAGUGGCUUUGUCGCUUCUCCACCAAUGUCCAUUGCUGGUGGUACCAUCUCAGAUCUUUGGGGUAACUCUCCGGUUGACAUUGCUAUCGCCAUGGCCUUUUUCUGUUUAGCACCUUUCUUGGGUCCCGUUAUUGGUCCAAUUGUCUCUGGUUUUGGUGUGGAAGCACAUGGUUGGAGAUUCUCUAUGUGGCUUUCUUUGAUCUUUUCGGGCUUCAUCUUGCCAUUCCUUUUCUUGUGUCCAGAGACUUACAAGUUGGCUAUCUUGAAGAAGAGAGCUAGAAGCAGAGGCAUCAAGCUUGUUGAGCCAGAAAUCAACCUUGCAUACUUUGUGCAAUUGCUUCAAACAAACUUGAUCCGUCCAAUCGAAAUGCUUUUUGUUGAGCCAAUUGUGGGUUUGACCUCUAUCUACGUCGCCUUCGUGUUUGGUGUGUUGUUUGGUUUCUUCGAAGCUUUCCCAAUUGUGUUCAGAGGUGUUUACAGAAUGAGCACCGGUGUUAGUGGCUUACCAUUUAUUGGUGUUGGUGUUGGUUUGUUACUUGGUGUUGCUGUCUACGUCCGUAAUAUCUUUGCUUCCGUUAAGAAGGCAAAGGCAGCCGCGAUCGAGAAACAUAAGAAGAUUGCUGCUGGUGAGGAAGUUGAGGAUGAAGUUCCAGCUUGGGUUGCACCAGAGAAGAAGUUGUUCAAUGCUGCAGUGGGUGCAAUCUUGAUGCCAAUCUCUUUGUUCUGGUUAGCUUGGACUUCAAGAGCAUCGAUCCACUGGAUUGCACCAGUUCUUUCCAGUGUUCCAUUUGGUUUUGGAUUGGUGUGGAUCUUCUUUGGUGUCAUUCUUUACUAUUCAUUGUCAUUCCCACCUGCAUAUCUUGCAUCUGCUUUGGCAGCUAACAAUUUGUUGCGUUAUAUCGUUGCAUCUGCCUUCCCAUUGUUUGUUGUGCAGAUGUACGAGAAAUUGCAUAUCGACUGGGCAACAUCGCUCCUUGGAUUCAUUGCAUUGGCCAUGGUUCCAAUUCCAUUCUUGUUUAUGAAGUUUGGAGGAAGAAUCAGAGCCCACUCCAAGUAUGGUUACGUCGCAUACUUCAGAAAGUUGGCUGCUGCCAAAGCUGCUGCUGAGAAAGCUGCUGCUGAGAAAACAGUGGUUGGCUCUGACGAGUCGAGAGAGGGUGCCAAACAAGAUGCCUCAUCAGAGAGCAACCAAGUUUUGACGGAGACGGAAGAUGUCCAAGAGAAGGUUUGA